AUGAGGAUGCUUGCCUAUGGAAUUGGGGCAGAUGAUGUGGAUGACUAUCUUAGAAUCGGUGAAAGCACUGCAAUUGAAGCUAUGAGAAGGUUUUUCCAAGCUGUUAUUGAUGUAUUUCGCGCUGAAUACUUAAGAAGGCCAACUUCUGAUGAUAUUUCCAAAUUGCUAUUGAUUGGUGAGAGUCGUGGAUUUCCUGGAAUGCUUGGUAGUAUUGAUUAUAUGCACUGGAAGUGGAAGAGUUGUCCGGUUGCAUGGAAAGGUGUGUUUUCUCGUGGAGAUCAUCGUGUACCUUCAUUGAUUCUUGAAGUUGUUGCGUCACAUGAUCUUUGGAUAUGGCAUUCUUUUUUUGGAUUACCAGGCUCUCACAAUGAUAUUAAUGUCUUAGAGCAUUCACCCUUAUUUGCUGACCUCCGUGAAGGUCGAGCCCCUCUAGUCUCUUAUAAGAUCAAUGAGCAUGAAUAUACAAUGGGAUACUAUCUAGCCGAUGGCAUAUAUCCUUCAUGGGCCACUUUUGUCAAAACCAUUCCAUGUCCACAAGGAGAGAAAGCAAAGAAUUUUGCUAAAGCUCAAGAGGGAUGUCGGAAAGAUAUAGAACGAGCAUUUGGAGUUCUCCAAGCACAUUUUGCAAUUGUUCGUGGACCGGCUCGUUGUUGGGAUCGUGAAAUGCUUCAAAAGAUCAUGACAGCAUGUGUGAUAAUGCACAACAUGAUUAUUGAAGAUGAAAGAGUUGAGCGUGCUGCACAAGAUGAUCUUGAAACUCUUGCAAGGCAAUAUGCUUAA